UCCCUUGGGUUGACGCCAGGGGAGAAAAUACGCCGCCACGGAGACGUCGCUGGGGCGAAGAAUUCUAUUUCCGGGGGUCGACCGCCGCCUACCGCCACGUGGCAUCCGUCCACCGGUUGGUAUACGCGGUGCGCUGCUCGCCGACACGACCGACCUUCGCGAUCUGAUCCCUCGCGAGCCCGUCUCCGAUCCCGCCUCCGCCCCCUCCGCCCCCUCACUACAAAUCCGAACAGUACGAUCGCUGCGCUUCUUGUCGCCGUCUCGCCCCUCUAUAUAUAUCCCUCCUCGUCCGCGGCAUUCUCUCGACGAGUUCCGGGUGGAAUUCCGUCCGAUACGUCCUUGGUUCCCCAUUCCCAUUUGGAUUAGGAUGAAUUGGUUGGAAGAUGUGGAUGGUUGUCAUAUGUGAUUUGAGAGACUAGGCCUGGCGUCCGGUUGAUUGCAGCGAUAAAUGGGCUGCUUUCCGUCGAGAGCUAGAAGGCAAUACCCAGGAUAUGAGGACCCGGUGCUUCUUGCCUCCCAAACAGCUUUCAGCGUCAGUGAAGUAGAGGCACUCUUUGAGCUGUUCAAGAGCAUCAGUGGUUCUGUAAUUGAUGAUGGGCUGAUAAAUAAGGAAGAGUUCCAGCUUGCCUUAUUUAAGAACAGAAAAAAGGAAAACCUCUUUGCAAACAGGAUCUUUGACCUAUUUGAUGUGAAGCAAAAGGGAGUCAUUGACUUUGGCGAUUUUGUUCGGGCACUCAAUGUGUUUCAUCCAAAUGCUCCACAUGAAGAUAAAGUUGAUUUUUCGUUCAAGCUUUAUGACUUGGAUGGCACAGGCUUCAUCGAACGGAAAGAGGUCAAGCAGAUGUUAAUUGCUCUUUUAUGCGAGUCAGAAAUGAAACUGUCUGAUGAGACUGUUGAGUUAAUCCUAGAUAAGACAUUUUUGGAAGCUGAUGUGAAUCAAGAUGGGAAAAUAGAUAAAACAGAAUGGACAAAUUUUGUUUCUCGCAAUCCAUCAUUAUUGAAGAUAAUGACUCUUCCAUAUCUCCGGUGCCAUAGCAGUCUUAUCUCAGCAUCUCCCUAUGUACCUCUGGGUGGCAGUCUUGGACAGUCUUGCGAUCCUAAUCAUCCCCCUCUUAGAUCUCUAUGGUUGCUCCUACUACUAGACAUUGGCUGGUUAUGCAGCAUAUAGAAUGUAUUGUUAUGCCCACUAUACAUUCACCUUAGCCUCUUUUUGUGGACAUAACAACGACAUUUCCAAGUUUUGUUUUUAAUUCUGAGGUCGAUGACAUUGCAACAUGACAUUCUGCCGUCAGUACAAGGAGAUAACGGGCAGCUGUCUGUCAGACACAUCUGUACGUGGCCAGAGAAAGAGCACUCUUAUCAAUAUUGCUAUCAACCAACAGAUUAGGAUGCUUGUGGACUUGCCAUCUACUUUGUCAUGACAUAUGCUGUGUGUUUUUACGGUUGCUUCUGUGUGCCCCACGUAAUAUUCUCAAUUUUAUAUGCAAGGCGGGUGGUAAUCCCAGAUUUUAUACAUAUCCCGUUUGAUAUCCUCUAAAGUUCUGUAGACAUUAUACAAUGGCAUCCGAUUGCCUAAUGAUUCAUGUGCUUAAAUCUGUUGUUACCAAAAAAAAAA